UGUCCGUCCGUGGUCCGAUUCCGGACGCUCCGUCAACAAACCAAAUCAAAUGUAUGUCGACCGGUAGUUCUCUCUGUGUUACACAGUUUUCAGCGAGAUAAACGAGGUCAUGUCGAGUAACUGUGUUGUGCCUGGCUGCGACAACAUGAAUAAAGUGAGAACUAACGUAAUGUUCCACGGUUUUCCUCGUGGUAAUUCUCGGCUGUGCAAAUUAUGGCUUACCGCCAUGGGGUAUCCGCCGACAAACAAGCUAUUGAUGGCAAAAGUAUGCAGUGAUCAUUUUUUGAAAUGUGAUUACAAACAUCCUCGACGUUCGAAAGCAAUCAAGCUAAAGCAGACUGCAAUCCCAUCAAUUUUCCCACAGACUCAGAUUCCAUUGAUUGAAAUGAAUGUUGUGGACCAGCAGCCUUCAGAAGAAAGUGAAGAGAUGACAAGACUAAGUGAUGUAGCAGGAAGUGAAAAUGGCGGGCUUGGAACUGAAGUGUGUGCUUCAUCAGCAGAGGGAGAACAGACACCAUCAGAACACACUCCUGGUUCAUCUGCCUGUAACGCAACCACUCCGAAGGUCGUUACGACCCGGAACACACUCCAUCCCAGUCGCAUCCACGAAGAUUACUGUCGCUCAGGGAGCAUCCAGUGGGCUGAAGACGCUUGGAAAAACAUUCCAGCUCCAAAGAUUCAAACCAGUCAUGUGGGCCAACAGCCUUCAGAAAUAAAUGAAGGGAUGACAAGACUAAGUGAUGUAGCAGGAAAGGAAAAUGGCAGGCCUGGAACUGAAGGGAGUUAUUCAGCAGUGGGAGAACAUCCAUCGGCCGGUAAUGAGCCCGCCCCGACCAUCGUUGUGGACCACUCCGCAUUCCACCCCAGCCGCGCCCACGAGCAUUACUGCCAGUCAGGGAGCGUCCAGUGGGCCGAAGGAGCUUGGAAAGAUGUGAGCGGUGAGAAUUCGAAGAAGGGGUCAUUCCCGCCCAUCCAGAUGAGCCUGAGGUGGCAGUGGCUGGGCAUGGACAUGAAGGGGCCGUUGCCGAGGACCCACGACGGGCACACGCUCGCGCUGACCGUGGUGGACUUCUACUCCAAGUGGGUGGAGGCGUACCCCAUGAGGUCACUCUCGCCCGCAGAGGUGGCCCUCCGCAUCCACUGCCUCAUCUGCCAGCUGGGGUGUCCUCACCGGAUCCUGUCGCGGUUGGAUAAGACCUUCAUCAGAGAGGUGAACCUGGCGCUCAAAACCUACCUGGAUGUGGAGGCCUGCUCUCUCGUGGUCUUCCACUCAGAGACCUAUGCCCUGGACCUGCUCACUCAGUCCUACAUCGACAGCAUGCUGUCGGAGCUGGUGAAGGACCACCAGAGGAGCUGGGACGUGCAGCUGCCCGCGUCCCUGUUCUCCCUGCGCUGCAGAGAGCACCCCGGCACCCACCACAGCCCCUUCUACAUGCUGUACAGCCGGGAGCCCUGCACCGAACUGCCCAGCGCCAGGGAGCAGCCCCUCGUCGAGGAUGAGCUCGUCCACGAGGAAGACACCCCUCCGCCCCCAGACACAGCCCCGGGGCCAGACUCUCAACUUUCAAGCGCACAAACGGCUGAGCCCGUGCCUGUGAUUGACCUGGUGGACGUGGAGGAGGUUUUGGUGGUGCAGUGCGAGCGCUGCUCUCGGUGGGACGGGGUCCCGCGGGCGUCGCAGCGGGAGGGGGACGACGCGUACACCUGCGCGGCCUGCCGGGGGGUGACCCGGCGCGGGCGGGAGCCGCAGAGCCGCCUCGCGCCGGCGGUGAAAUGACCCGGGGCGGAGUCGCGCCAGGAAGAGGUCGCCCCCGACGACGCUCCGUGGGCUUCGCGCCGUCCGUCGGCUCAACUCAGGUCUCACGCCUUUUAAGGAGCGUCACAGGGCGGGAGGUGUGAUGUCACAGUAAGCAGUGUGUGAUGUCACAGAGCCAGCCGUUCAGGUUGACUGACAGGAAGGGCAUUGCUCUGUCACCGUGGACACACUCAGUAUGUGCUCUCAACCUAAAGGGAACCAAUCAGAAACGUUCUAAGCACACUAACAAUAGCACUAGUAACUGAUUCAAAUAGUGUACUCGAGUACAGGCUCCGUUUCCUACAGAGCGCCACUGGGCCAGUUGCCUUGGUGUGUUUGCUAUUCGUGAGUAGGCAUGAAUUGGUAGACUUGACUUGACUAAUCAGCAAUGUUUGCCUGUUAAAAACACAUUACACAUAUCAAGUGCAUUAUCCAUAGUGGAAUUACGCUCAAAAUGACACACCAAGUUCGUCUCACCACCCUAAGCCUACUAUGUUCAUGAGUACUGGUAACAGACAUUUUAAUGAACACGAUUUCAAACGAUGAAAUCUUUUUUCUGUAGACCAUCUUUUGGAAAAGGGAUACCUGCUGUUGACGUUAGUGAGCUCUUUGGCUGAUUCCUAUUGGUUGUCACUUCCUUUGAUGGGGGUGGGGGGCAUCACUCAGUUCCUUGAAGUUGUUGCGUGCACUAGCUGUCCUUCCUGGAGGACUGGACUGUCUGCCUAUGUUUGUGCGGUUCGGUUCGUUGCAGUGCAGUUCUUAAAUGUGCUACAUGGGAAAGUUGCGAGCUUCUGCAAUGGAGCCCGACAGUCAUGUGGAGUUCCUGUUAAAUGUAAACUUUGAUAUUUCUAUUUUGUUGUACCACUGGAAUGUUUUAUAUAAAAGCAAUGGAUUUGUUCUCA